AUGAGCAUAUUUCUGCAACAGUUUCUGAGGGUCCUCAUUAGACCGUAUUCUAAAGGUAUCAGAGGAGUACGCCAGUAUACGGUGAUAAAUGCCGAAAGUGAAGCAUUGAGAUAUAAGGAAAGAAAAGACAAGAUCCAAGUUAAAUCAGAACAUUUUUUUCCUUCUAUUCAAAAAAUCAGAUUUCAAAAUGUUCUCAGAAUUCCAAAAUUUAGACAGAAAUUCAACGACCAUGAUUUCGAUCAAUACGAACACAAAUGGGUACCUGAGCAUGUUUCUUUGGAAGGAAGAAUAAAGUCAGUUCGUAGGUCCGGAAAAGGGAUGUAUUUCUUAGAUCUAGUUCAAGAUAAUAGCAAAGUUCAGGUUGUUGCGAGUAAUAAACUUAUGAACAUCUCUAAAGAAGCAUUUAGCGAACUACAUGGAUUUCUAAGAAAGGGUGAUUCAGUGACUUGUGUGGGGUUUCCAUCUAGAACUAAAGUUGGUGAGUUGUCUUUGAAGUUAACUGAACCAAUAAGAACUGCAGCUCCGAGUUUGAAAUCAACCAUGAUUCCUCAAAAGAUCAUCAGUAAAAGCCUUAUUAAUAAAAAUAGGGUUUUACAUUAUCUUGUGAAUGAAGAAUCAAGACAAAGGCUUAUAAUCAAGUCACAUAUAAUCCAAAUAAUGAGAAAUUUUUUUCUUGCAAGAGAUUUUCUAGAAGUACAAACCCCAAUGCUAGGUGGCUAUGGUACUGGCGCUAAUGCUGAACCUUUCAAAACCACUUCCUCUGCGUUAGAUAGUGACAAAAGUUUGCAGCUAAGGGUAGCACCCGAGUUAUGGUUGAAGAAACUUAUAAUAGGAGGAUUCGACAAAAUAUUUGAGAUAGGUCAAAGUUUUCGAAACGAGGGAAUUGAUCUGACCCACAACCCUGAAUUUUCUACUUGUGAGUUUUAUCAAUCUUUCGCUUCUUUGAAUGAGUUGAUGGAGAUUAGCGAAGCACUUCUAAAAGAUAUUUAUGUUGCACUUGAACAAAAAACAAAUAAUAUUUCUCUAUUGCAGCGCCAGCUUCCGAAUUUAACAGAAAUUAGGGCAGGAGAUUUCCCAAGAUACGAGUUCAUCCCAAUUUUAGAAUCUCGGACUGGGGUCCCACUUCCAUGUGAGUUGACUUCAGAAUCACUACUAGAUUAUUAUAAAGUGUUGGGUCUUGACUUACCUAACAUCAAGUCACCACAGAGUCUUUUAGAUAAUCUUUCAUCCAUUUAUCUAGAGUCGAUAUCCAAGGGGAAUAACACGCCCAUAUUUAUAUAUAAUCAGCCUUCCUUGUUGUCACCAUUAUCCAAAUCUGCUCCUAUCGCUUAUGGUGCUAGAGUGUAUGAUGUUUCAUUGAGGUUCGAGCUCUUCAUAAAUGGAAAGGAAUAUAUGAAUUCCUAUGAAGAAGAGAAUUCGCCAUUUCUGCAAGCAAAUAAAUUCAAGUUGCAACAACUCUCGAAGUCUGAGUUCAAUGAUAAUGACGCGUUAAUACCUGAUUGGGAAUAUGUUAAGCUGAUGGAAUACGGCUUACCUCCUACUGGUGGCUGGGGCUGCGGAAUUGAUAGAUUAGCGAUGCUUUUCUCAGGUACUCAAAGAAUUGAAGAUGUUUUGUCUUUUGGCAAUUUAAGAGAUGUAAUUAGACAAUAA